AUGUUAGGUAUAGCUCAUGCUCUUGCUGAGGGUAGUAAACGAAUGGUUUUCGCUGCCUAUGUUGGCAACGUUUCUAGCACCGAUGAUGAACGUGCUCGUCUACUUGAUACUUCCGACCAGCUUCCCGAUCCUGCAGCUGGAAUCACUGCUCCAAAGAACAAGCCUAGACCAACAAUGCACGUUCAAUCAAUCAAUCAAUCAAAGUUUGAUGCAAUCACUCUGUUGGAAACACGAUUCCGAGUAUAUGACGAGGCAGUGAGACGGUUACGCUCCAAAGGCAGUAAACCAUCUUUUGUCGGAUUUGUGACAUUUGGUGAUGCGAUGAGGGCUCAGGUUGUUGCUCAGUCUGUUCAUUACCCGAUCCCGAGCUAUUCCAAGACAAGUUUUGCACCUGAACCUCGUGACAUCGUCUGGAGUAACGUUUCCGUUCCCUCGAACGAGAGACAUGUUCGACAACUUCUCGUUUCCGCCCUUACGAUUGCUUUGUUCGUCUUCUAUAUUCCGCCAUUAACGUUCCUUGUUUCUUUGCCAAGUCCAAACAUUAUCACGAAGUACUUACCAGGUUUGUACGAUCUUCUACGCAAGAAUAGAAGAUUGGAAGCAUUGGUCAGCACCAACUUGUCAUCCGUUGUUUUAAUCGGACUCAACGCUUUAUUACCCCUCAUCCUCGAAUGGACAGCAUAUCUGCAAGGAGUACUUACAGAUCUGGCUGGCAAUCCGAUGAGAAUUAUCGAUAAGCUCGCUCAACCUUUACCACAAGCACGUCAUUUCAGUUUGUCGUACGUGGUGUUUCAGUCAUUGGCCAUCAUACCGCUGCAGCUUCUACAGAUACCGGUCACAUUUGGUCGUGCGUUUAGUCAACUGACGGCAAAGACACCUCGUCAACAUGCUGAGCUAAAUGCUCCGCCAGAACUAUACUCUGGAAGUAUGUAUCCUGCUGCUUUGAUCAUUUACACAUUGCAUAUUUGGUAUACAAGUACAAACUCUUGUUCUUUUUCUACCGAUCAUACGAAUCAAGAGGUCAAGCAUGGUCUUUGUCAUCGAUACGUUGCAUUGGGCUCUACUGCUCUUUCAAAUCUUCCAACUUUCCCUCUUUUCGGUUCGCAAGCAAUUGCUAUUAUCAAAUUUGACGUUGCUUUUGAUCGCUUUCACGUUUUGGUUCCAGCAUUACCUAUCGCGAACAUUCACAGAGUUGAGCGAGCAACGCUGGUACCAUCAGCAGAGAUCGCCAAUGCCGUCGCCAAUAUUGGUUCAACGAACGACAACAGUAAGAAGCAACAAAUUGAUCAACAAAGAAACCCGAUUGUUGCUCUGCGAGCGGAAGCGUUGUAUGGGAUUGAUCCAGAUCGUCAUACAGAUUACAAAGAAUCACCGGCAGCGGGCUACUAUUAUGGAAUCUUGAACACCGGGCGGAUACGUUAUGGACAUUCUGCCGUUGCUGGUACAUUGCCGGACAUUCGGCCUCCAGUAUGUGUAGAUGAUGACGAUGAGAAAGAUGAUAACGAGCAAGAUCAAAGCGUCUCUCAAUCAGACACUGCUGGUUUACCUGCCGAUAAUAGCGAUCGAGGAUCAUUGACGGGCGUUGAUAGUGUGCUGGGAAGAACACGAAGACAGAGCAGACCACACGAAGCUGUUGUGGUCUCUUUACGAAAGCGCAAAUCAUCUUUGAUACCUUCUUCAAGUCUGUCAAAUAUCUCUGUGCGUAAUCGUAAACUGUUAUCGCAAGAAGCGGGUGGAUCAGGUAUCAGUGGAUUGCCAGCUUCUACCGGCACUUCUACUGAUGUUGCCGGUAAAUCAUCCCUCACAUUCCCUCAACGAAAACAAAGACAGCCACAAGAUAUCCUGGAUGAAUCAUGUGAAGAACCAGAGCAUCAGCAUGAAGAUCCAAGUCAAGUAUGGUGUGCAAGCAGAAGUCGUUUGCCGUCUACAGCAGAACAGAUAGAAGAUGAAGGUCAAAGAAUUGACGAACCACAACACCUUGAUACCGAUACGGGUGAUGAAGACGAAGAAGACGAAUCAGAAGAGACUGCGGGCAGCUACAUGCAUCGCAACUUACGCCAAACGAUGCCUCCAGGCUCGUUCCCUUGGUUUUGA